AUGGACAAAGCAGAGCCACAAUCAUUUCCAGCCGACAGCGUGCUAAAUCUCCUCACCGCAAAGCGCCCAGUUUGCGAAGAGCCAAAUAGUCCCCCCGAUGCCAAAAGAGCCAAAUGCUUUCAUGAUGGGUUGGAUGUUAAAACUCCAGCUAUAGCCCGGAGGGUUCCUUUUCCAGAUAAGCCUGCGGUUUUGGAAGAACGAAAUGGCGAGAUUGAGUUUCGAGUUGUGAACAAUGAUGGCUCCAGAGAUAGUACGAUCAUUCUCACAGGCCUCAAGUGCCUAUUUCAAAGGCAACUUCCCAAAAUGCCUAAGGAUUACAUCGCACGACUAGUUUACGAUCGCACUCAUUUAUCGAUCGCUAUCGUUAAAAUGCCUCUAGAGGUCAUCGGUGGUAUAUCGAUCCGAGAAUUCCGAGACCGCAAGUUCGCCGAGAUUGUGUUUUGUGCGGUCUCGUCUGAUCAGCAGGAGAAAGGAUACGGAGCGCAUCUUAUGGCCCAUUUAAAAGAUUAUGUUAGAGCUACUUCGCCGGUGAUGCAUUUUCUGACUUACGCCGAUAAUCUUGCUAUCGGCUAUUUUCAAAAGCAGGGUUUUACUAAAGAGAUCACUCUAGAAAAGUCUAUCUGGAUGGGGUGUAUUAAGGACUACGAAGGAGGGACACUUAUGCAAUGCUCGAUGCUUGCCCGAAUACGGUAUCUCGAGAUUGGUCGAAUGCUUCUUAAGCAGAAAGAAUCCGUCCUGGCCAAAAUACGUACCUUGAGCAAAAGUCAUAUCAUUCAUCUACCACCCCAACAAUGGGCUAGCGGCGUCGUGAUUCCAAUCGAUCCACUCUCUAUCCCUGCUAUCCGGGCAAUUGGCUGGUCUCAGGAUAUGGACGAGUUAGCGCGAGAGUCAUGCGAGGGAUCUCGUUUUAACGGACCCCAUUUCAACGAACUUCGACGUUUUGUGAAUAAAAUCCAAAACCACCAACAAGCAUGGCCCUUCCGAAAUCCUGUCGACAAAGAUGAGAUCCCUGAUUAUUACAAUGCCAUUCUAUCACCAAUGGAUCUGUCGACGAUAGAAGAAAAGUUGGAGCAUUACACUACUCCGAAAGAGCUUGUCGACGAUCUCAAGUUGAUGUUCAGUAACUGUCGGCAGUAUAAUGAUGCCACAACGGUAUAUGCGAAAUGUGCGGUCAAGCUAGAGAGGUAUAUGUGGAAACUUAUCAAGGAGGUUCCAGAGUGGUCUGGCUUGCUUGAAGAAUAA